AUGAGUAUAUUAUAUGAUAAUGGUGACGAGAAUGAAAUAUAUCUCGAUUGUUUUUAUAAGGGUUACAAACAUGUUUUGUCCUUUUAUAAUAAGCCUCCUCUUUCAGGCGAAAUCGAUCUCAGAAGCUUUCAAGAAAUCGCAGCAAAACGUUUAGCACUAUUGCAGUAUAUUGAUAUGAGAAGUGAAUUGAAGAUAAAAUCCCAUAAAUCUAAGGAUUCUGAGCCUUUGAAAUAUGAUCAAAAAACAAUGGAGAGGAUGAACGAGAUUGAGGAUAAAAUGCUAGAAUUUGAGCUUAUGCUACCCAAAAUUUUAUACAGUAAAGAAGAAUUAUAUGAUUUUAUACAUAUCGCACAAAGAGAUGUUAUAUCACAUUUUAUACUACGAAUGGCAUUCAGUCGUGAAAAGGAUAAGAUGGAUUGGUUUGUAAAGAAUGAAUGCAAAUUAUUUGAUAUAAGACUCGAGAGACUGAGAUCAGUAAAGGUUCAGGAAGUUGAUGGUGUCGAUAAAUUGGAGACUUUCCUACACAAUCAAGGAAUAAAAUAUCCUGUCGUGAAAAAUCCUGCGAUUACUAAAGGACGUUAUAUGACUAAGGAAUUGAUAGAUUUUACUGACCUUAUAAGAUUUAGACCUGACGUCAACUCUAUAGAUAAGCUCUACCAAGUUCCAUUUUAUCCUGAUGCAAAUCAAUUAGUAAGAAUGAAAUUGGUCGCCAUUAAGAAUUCUAUUGCUUAUGUUCCACCAAACAGCCUCUUCAUUGUUAUAUCAACCAAGUUUAGAAAUGAAUUACAACAUUCAAUGAAAUAUUUGAAUGAAAACCAAUCGAUGUUGGAUUCGGUUAUAGUGAAUGAUGAACGAUUGUGUGAUUUUAUGAGAGUGUUACCGGAAUCAUAUCUAGCCAAUGACUACUCCAAAAUUACCUUCACAGAUGACACAAGAUUAACACUCUCAAACAUUAAUCAAGUAUAUAAGUUUACAUUUCCGCCCUGCAUGAGAAGAAUGUUUUCACAUCUACUUAAGAAUCAUCAUAUAAAGCAUGAAGGAAGACAACAGUUAUGGCUAUUUCUCAAGGGUUGUGGAUUAACUAUGGAAGAAUCACUACAGUUAAAUCGCACCUUAUGGAAUGAUUCCGGCAAUUUCGAUAAAGAGCACGCAUAUAAUAUAAGACAUUUGUAUGGCAAGGAGGGGAAAAGAACUAGUUAUCCACCUUAUUCUUGCACAAGAAUGAUUAAAAAUUCACCCCCAAAUGUUUCUGGAACUGCACAUGGUUGUCCAUUUAAAGAACUAGAUCCAAAAUCCUUAUAUCAAUUGUUACAAGAAUUUGGCCUUAACUCCACUCAAAUUGAACCAAUAAUUGAUUUAAAAACAUCAUUUCAAUUUCAAUUGGCGUGCGUUGAAUAUUUUAACCAAACUACUCCAAACGCAUGUGCUGAUGGAAUUGGAACGAGUCCAAACACUUUUUUUCAUUCAAGUUUCAAAGCUAAGUUUUUGAAGAAUAACUACAACUCCUCAGACUCAAGCUCCGUAACCGCUAAAGCUACUCCUGCACCAACUGCUCCUACAGUAACUGGACCAGCAGUUAAACCCCGACCGGUUACUUCUUCAACUACUACUCCUGUAGCAACACCUAAGGUAGCUCCUUCUGGCCGACCCGUAACACUUAACAUCAGUGGGAAUGCUAGUACUGAAGACUUUGAUUACACUUUGGAUCAUAAUAGAAAUAUUAAGAUUUACACUGCCAAGGGUAGUUCAGUGUUUUACCAGAUUAUAAAGACCAGUGGUAAUUGUGGAAGCGGGUGUCUUGGGUUCGAGACCCGUCUCCAUCACCGCCCAGACCACUUAUAA